AUGAACUCACUAAUGAUUUCUAGACGCUUUCUCGGAAGCCUUCCGAAGCCCAGUCCACUUCACGAACACAUUCAAAAUCCGGAGCCACGUCGACGUCGAACUCCAGCCAGCUACUUGCACGGCACUUCUACAGUACCACUUCGUAACGAGACCCUUGGAGAGACGUUGCGGAAUACGACGGAACGAUUGCCGGAUAAGGAGUUUUGCGCGUUUUUGAAGUAUCCUAUCAGGAAGACUUAUCAGGAAUUUUAUCAUGAUGUGAGUUUUUUCCAUACCAAAAAUUUUCCAUACGAAGUUUUCCAACCGAAAAUUUGGUCAGGAAAAUUUUACAGUUGUCCACGAGAACUACAACGUUUAGUAUGGAAAAUGAAUUAUUUUUCAAAGCUUCUAACGCUAAUUUUUCACGUAGAAUCCGAAUUUAGCAUUAUUUUUUGAUGUUCAGAAUUCUAAAGCCUUCCAAAAAUAAAAUUCAUUCCAGGUCCGAAAAAUGGCCGCCUCUCUCUACACUCUGGGUCUCGAAAAAGGCGACCGUGUCGGUGUCUGGGGACCAAACUACUACGAAUGGGUAGUUCUACAGUACGCCACCGCGUUUGCCGGUCUCAUCCAAGUUAACGUAAAUCCUCACUAUCUUCACGAGGAACUCCGAUUUGUGAUGCGGAAGACCGGAAUGAAGGCAUUGUUCGCGCCAAAACGACACAAGCACAGUAACUACAUUCACACAUUGAUUGAGGUAAAUAGUUUUGGCGCGGGAAAAAUCUGAAAUUUGAAUUUGAAUUUCAGGCUAUGCCAGAGAUGCGACGUGGCAAACCUGGAGUGGGACACAUCAAAUCACACGACAUUCCAGAUCUUCGACAUAUUGUGCUUUUUGGCGAUGAUUUACCUGUGGUGUGAGUUUUGGGAAGCUUUGAGAAGCCUGCUAAACCUAACCCAUCCAAUAUUUCCAGCGGUGCCUGGGUCUACUCAGACAUUCUGAACGCCGGCGGCUCUGCCGAACGCAUAAAACUCGAAGAAAUGGACUACAAGCUCCGUCCAGACGCCCCGGUCAACAUGCAAUUCACCUCCGGCACCACUGGCCACCCAAAAGGCGCCACCCUAACUCACUUCGCCCUCAACAACAAUGCCUAUUUCACCGGACUCCGUUUAGGUUGGGAUCAAGGCGACCAUCGAAUUUGUAUCCCAAAUCCACUGUACCAUUGUUUUGGAUGCGCAGUUGGUGUCAUAAAUGCUGUGAACCACGGGCAAACUGUGAUUUUCCCAUCGAAAUCCUAUCAUGUGCCGGACAUCUUCGAAGCGAUUCAAAAUGAGAAAUGUACCUCAAUGUUCGGAACCCCUACGAUGUUUAUUGAUGUUCUCAAGUCUCCUCUCAUGGAAAAAUACGAUACCAGUUCCCUAAAAGGCGGUGUAAUCGGUGGAGCGCCGUGUCCAACGGCUUUAUGCGAAAAAAUGGUGAAAGAUAUGAAUAUGACGGAUUUUGCGGUGAUCUACGGGUCGACUGAGACUUCUCCAUUGGUCACAAUGAGUGAAUUGAGUCAGGAUCCAUUUGAGAGAAUUAAAUCGGUUGGAACUUGUAUGCCACAUACUGAGCUGGCUAUUGUGGAUGAGUUUGGAGUUCCGGUUGAGCAGGGUGUGAAGGGGGAGUUGUGGUCGAGAGGAUAUUCGACGAUGGUUGGAUAUUGGGCCGAUCAGGAUAAGACGAAUUUGGCGGUGACUGGUGAUCGAUGGUAUAAGACUGGGUGAGUUGGGGGGAGCCUUGGGGAAGCUUUGAGGAGCCUUGGGAGCCCUUGGGAAGCUUUGAGGAGCCUUGGGAGCUCUUGAGAGCCCUUGGGAAGCCUUAAAGAGCUUUAAAAAGCAUUAAGAAGCCUUAGGGAGCCUUGGGGAGUCUUGGGAAAGCCUUUAAGAGCUUUAGAAAGCCUUAAUGAGCUUUAGAAAGCAUUAAAAAGCCUUAGAUAGCUUUAGGCAGCCUUGGGAAGCCUUAAAGAGCAAUAGGAGCCUGCAGAGACCCUCAGAAAGCAUUCAAAAGCCUUAGGAAGACUUGGGAAGCCUUUAAGAGCUUCAGGGAGCCUUAAAGAACUUUAGAGAGCCUUAAGGAGCUUCAGAAAGCCUUACAGAGCAUUAAAAAGCCUUAGGGAGACUCCCUAUAGCCUAUACCUGAGCCUAUAGGCUUAUCCCAACAGCCGCUUCGCGGAAGAUUGCGGUCUACACUCGCGGCAGAGCCGCUCGAUUAUUUUCCAUACCAAAAAAAUUUCCAGCCCAAAUUCGGGUUGGAAAAAUAUCACUGCAAAAAACCCCGCGCUCUCUAAUCUUCACGCGUAGUUAAGUGGUAGCGCGCUGAUUUGCCACCCACAGGGUCAAGGGUUCGAGUCCACAUCAAGGCGAACUUUUCUGUUUCAGCGACACAGCAGUGAUGAAUGAAGAUAAAACAAUUUCGAUCGUUGGAAGAACCAGAGAUAUGAUUGUGAAAGGCGGUGAAAAUGUGUAUCCAACUGAAAUCGAACAAUUUAUGCACAAAUUGGAAUAUAUUGCUGAUGCUCAUGUUGUUGGUGUUCCAGAUGAUCGAUAUGGUGAAAAUAUUUGCGCAUGGGUGAGACUUCGCGACAAUUUUGAGGGAAAAAUCACCAGUCAACGGAUUAUUCAAGACUGUAAGGCUGGAAUGGCACAUUAUAAGGUGCCCAAAUAUGUGCUGAUCAAAAAAGAAACCGAAUUCCCACUAACUAUUUCGGGAAAAGUCAAGAAGUUCGAAAUUCAGAAGAUUUCCAAGGAGAUUUUGGGAUUGGGAACUGUUAAAUCGCAUUUUGCGGAGAAUUUAAAUAAUUAA